UACUGAUGCUGAUGCUGAAAUGCCUGAUCAGCCUCCCAGCGAAAAAACGGUGACUAUCUGUACUGGUGAACUAAGGGCAUUUUUUUCAGUAACUGUCGACCACUAUGCAAUCAUCGAUAAUCACUAUAUGGCUUGCUUGAAAUAUGACAAAUAUUAUGAAUCAGCGGAAAAUUUAGAACUGAAUAAUAAAUAUCCGUGGAAGGAGCGGGUAGCAGGCGUUCAGGAUGGCAGACAAUUGAAAAAAUUAAAUGUGGCUAAAAGAGGAUCGCGUAUUUAUGCCUGUCCUUAUUUUCCAUUCAAAAUUCAGCUUUUUCCAGGCGUAAGGUGUGCCUGAGGUUAGAAGGCAAAGCGAUUUCCCCAAACCCCAGCCAGUUCCAGCCAGAAAACAAGUGAGAAAUGAAUGCUCAUAUAAAUCCACGAAAUCACGCGGCAGAGUGUUA